GAGAAUGUUGUGCGUGUUCUUAGUUUCUUGGAAAUGAACCGUUGUCUUAAAUAAUUAAAUUUUAUAAUGAAAGUGUUUUUAUUGCGGAGUGAAUGUGAAGAUGAAAUGUGUUUUUUUUUAAAUACAGGUAGUUUGUUCCUUAUAUGCGUAAUCGACACAUACUAGAAUUACAGGAACACUAGUUUUUCUAGUUAAGCAUAGUUCUAAGCAGGUUUCUGUUUUAUGAUGGCGGCUAAAGUGGCGUGUAAAUUAAUUUAAAUAAAAAUUUGCUGGCAGUGGACAGGGACUUGAAGUUGUAGGAAAUUCAAGCGGGUGCAAAAACGGACAUUUAUGUGCUAUCAAGAAGUAAAUACUACAGGAAGACAGAAGUAAAAGCAUUUAUAUCAGAAUCAUUUUAUCCAGUUUUACCAAAAUUUGUAUUAUGGGAAGCUGUUUUAAACUAUUUUAACGUAACUCUAAGUAAGCAUGAAAAACGUGUAUAAAACCAAAUACACCUUAUGUGAAGUCAUACAAUACAAGAACUCCAAUUUAAUUGUGGUUUCAGUUAUACGCAGUACACCCCGAGAGGUUUAAUAAAUAUUACGAUUUCGGUUGAUGACACCUUGGCAUCACAGACCACUUCACUUGCUGGUGAUACUUGUACAAGUUUCCAUAUGAAGUCUGACAGUGAUCACUCAUAGAAGAUUGUUUAUCUGGUGAAUAUAAGGAUGAAAGAGGAUUCUUCAAGAAGGCUUUUGAUAAUGUUCAAUGUUAAAAUUCUUCUUGUUCAGAAAAUUCAUAAAUAAAACGUAGUGGUGUUGACUUGGAAAGUUGCUAACCAUAUGAACUGUAAAGAUAAAUUCUUUGUUUCAUGGGUGUAGUGUUCACAGAUACUCCAAUGAAACUUGUCAUGUUUUUGUUCUUCUAGGAAUGUUGUUGAUUCUGAAAGUUCUGUAGAGUAUUCAGAUACAACUAUUUCAAAGUCUGGAAAAGUGAUUUAAUUGAAAGUAGAAAUGAAAAGACUACCUAUGAGAGAGGAGCACUAUAGUAAAAGUUUGAGAAAUGCUGAAGUUUUCAACAAACAAGUAAAAAGGAACAAAGGUGCAAAGACAAGAAAACCUAUGUUAGAUGCUGAAGACAUCUGUACUCCAAAGAGAAGUAAGACAGUGAAUUUGACCUCCGCCAGAUUUGUGUUCACAGAAGACUGUGCUUCCACGAAACCGAACAGACUCAGUAAUUGUAAAUGGAGGAAAUCAGCUAAUGUAAUCAACACCAAAAAUCAGUUUGGUCUUCUACGAGAUUGUCAAGUGAAAUUAGAAAGACUAUCAUCAGAAGUUUUGAGCAGAGCUUUGUCUGGAGAAAAGGUACUGAAAAAUGCAAAAAUGAGACCAGUGACAAGGAUGCAUUACAGGUAUAAUUGUGACAGUUCAUCUUUUUUCCAGAAAUCUGUAGGCAAAGAUUGUGGCACUAAACAGGAGAUCCAAGGAAGUUUGAGAUUAAGUGAAGAAGGUGGAGACUGUAAUGCGCAAAAUUGUGAUAAUGCUUGCAAAAGUGAUAAGAUCGACUCAUGGGGAAAUGUGAGAUGCCCCUUGGAAGGAUCUUGUGAUUUUAGCGAAUCUGAGGAAGAUUGGUGUGGCUGGUGGGUACGUGUUGAUUCUCUUCAUGAUUUCUACAACGCUGACCUUUACACUAUAUCAGAUGGAGUGACAGAAUCUCGCAUCAUCAUUUGGGAUAAUGCCUUUAAAGCAGAAGUGACUUCUAACAACAAUUCAGUUCAAAUACCUAAGCAGAUAGGAUGUGUGAAUAAAGAAAUACAAGAGGAUACUGAAGAAGAGUGGGCAGGUUGGAAUGUGCUGUAUGUAAAGAGAAACAUAUCCAACAUGAGUUCUGUCAAUUUUUCAGAAGAGGAAACAGAUGUACAGUGAAUGGUUCAUUUUCCAAAAAUCAUACAUUCAAAUCUCGUUAGGAUAACAGUUUUUCUACAGGUCAGUUUAUUUAUCCCAGGAUCUUGUGUGAAGUUUUUCAUAAUAUUUUUGUUCAGUCCUUUGAUUAUUAACAUUUGUUUCAAUGCU